GGGCUGUGGAAGGGAGGAGAGGAAAAGGAGGAGAAGGACAAGUGGGGUGCAUCUCCACGUACACACGCAUCCGCACAUCCCCACGUGCAUGAUCUGGACAAGCGACAGCAACCUCAACAACGUGGCAUGAAGGGGAUGCAGACACAUAUCGAGGAAGCUGUGACCAUCAUGUGAUUGGGCGAUUGAUGCGCAGGCAGACAUGUGGCGGCAGGGCAUGCCUCAGGACCAGCAAAGGCUAUCGUGGGGGAUGGGGAUGCCUCAGGACAUUUGGAGGCUGCCACACCCACCACGGCAACCUCAGCUGCAGCAGCAGUGGUCGGAAGAUGGCUAUCAUUCAUCUCUCCCACAAUCCUCUCAUCCACGUCCUCCUCCUGGUCACCCUCUCCCCCUAGAACCUUCCUCCUCUUCACACACAUCAUGGAAUGCUACUUGGGCGACUGAGGAGGACGAUCGGUGGCCUUCUGUUGGUGGACAUGCCACCCAGAGGUCAGGUCACAACCCUGCAGCAGUCACCAAUCCGUAUUACCAUCACCAGCAGCAGUCGGAGCAUGCACAGUCCAGCCAGGGAAAUCCUCUCUUCUCCCCGCCUGGUGGAGGAAGGAAGUACCCUUCCUUUUCAUCCCCCACAUACAGAAGCCCGCCAACCCUUCCCGAUCAGGGGGGUUUAACAGCGGGGUUCAGAAGGGAGCCUUUUACUGCUUUCUCUACUCCCGAUGGAGCUGGUGGGGGUUACAACACUCAUCAAGAGCAACGUUCACAGAGUGGGUCCAUGAUGUCUCCGCCAUCAGGAUCAAGACCGGCAGGAAACCGCCUCCCCGUUGCCACAGCGACCGAGUUGUACCGUCCUGGCAAGCAUUUUGUUAGGGAAGCAGGGGCAAGUGGAGGUGUUGGUGAUCGUACUCGAGGGAGGGAGCCGUCUUCAACCCCCAGCGCAAAAGACAGUGAAGAUUUGUCACCUUACGGUCAGCAUCAGCAUUCCCAGGGCUUCGCCAACCAGCAGCUGCAGCAGGGAAGGCAACAGGAGGAGGAAGGAGAGGAAGGGGAGGAUGCGUCCCUGUUGCACAUGCCGGACUUUUUUAGGGGCAGACGACAUGACCUCCCACUGCCGACGGUAGGGAAUCACCAUGUCCGUUCUCCGCCAACACAUGCCAUGGUAGUUUCCCCACCGUCUGAAUAUGGUGGCCCUCGUCCUGAGCAGGACUAUCGUCCGUCUGAAAAGACGUCAUCCUUCAUGCGGCCAGAGGUGCAGCAGCAUGACAAAUCCAGGAGCAAAUCGGGGGGUGCACAUCCUGUCUCUGUGGAAGUUGUUGACGAUGUGGCGUCCCAGUUGAGGACCCGUAUGUUGGCUGAUAGAACCCGAGGCGUUUUGCUCACAAGGUUGGUCCAAGGUACUCUGGACAAAUUAGGUCUGAGGUCGUUCGAAAGUGCUGGGAUCCAGCCCAUGUCUGUGCCAACAUUCCAGGUUCAGGCUGAGUUGGAGCGGAGGGUCAAUGCGGCGAUACGGUCCUACAUUCCCGGGAGGAAUGUGAUCACGAUCUAUGAUGUGGCCAAGCACAUUGUAGAACAGGAGGGUGUUUCUACAUUCGAGGAUCUAGGCUUGGGUGCGCCCAUGGCGUAUCCACUUAUUGCCUCCCGUUGCGGUUAUGCAGGGAAAGACGGUAAAGGCCUGAUUCAGAUAACUGAGGCAGAUGUGGUUUCAGUGAUGGCAGAGUACACACAUUCGCAGGGGGGGGGCUCUUUGAGUCCAGAAGGCUUUAUGGAGUUCCUUGCCAGGAAGCAUGGCUUGAAGGACCCACAAUCAUUGGGUGUCCGAAUUAUGGAUUUCAGGAAUCUUCAGGGGAUGGUACCGGAGCGAUCUGCACGGGACAAGGAUCUGGGACCAGCUGCUGAGGGCACCUGUAAUCCAGAGGGGGAGGAGCAAGAACCAAGGCCAGGUGAGCCGGGUGUCCCAAGAUCAAAGGUGAUGCCUCGCGUUAUGGAAUUUCUUGAGAAGGUUAGUAAGGAUGAAGAACAAGAGAAAGGAAAGCAAGUAGAGAAUGUGGAUGAAUGGGUGCAUCGAUGGAAUCUGAACCGCCUGAAGGUGGGUAGAGCGGGUGGUGUGGCAGCAGCACAGGCGGGAGACGACAGCUCAAAAGGAUGCCCAUACCCUUCUGUUUUGGAGGAGCGCUUGCGACAAGGAAAGCUGGGUUCUGCAGGUCAAGGGAAUGAAAGUGCCAUUGUCAUCUCCAGUGAUGAGGGAGACGAAGAGGAAGAGGAAGAUUUUGUGCCAGUGCAAUCAGAGGCCUGUGACAAUGAGGAUGCCGAGGGAUGGAUUCCUGCUGAGAAGUUGAUGCAGUUUGCUUCGAAGUGGAAAUCGGUCUGCCAGGAGAGUCCAACUGUCAAGAAGGUGCUGGUCAAAAUGGUGAAAGCAAAUGGCUGCAAAUUGCCGAAAGCAGCAAUUAAGAAAUUGACUCGGCAGAAGUCCUGGUUUCGCCACUCUCCAUUGCAGGAAAUCUUAUGCAUUGCUGCAUCAUCGAUUGCAGCUGGUCUGUGGGACACUGCUCCGUGUGCUGAUAGCGAAAGCAAGGCAGCUGCAAAAAAGAAGAAUGUUGGUGAAAGGAAACUGGUAGAAGCAGUCAUUCGGCAUUUCGUGGCCAAUCAACCACAGCAGGAUAAGGAGAAAGAUGGCAAAGAAGGUCGGAGUCAGGAACAUGAUUCUUCUUGGUCUGUGUUACGUUGGGCAAAUGAAUGUGAACGCUCACUGGUUGAACGCUACAGUGUCGACAAUUUUGGAGACCUUGGGCAAAUGUCGUUUCUGAAUUUCCUGGUGGAUCAUGCUGAUGCAUUUCCGGAGGACAUGGCUAUUGAACUGGGACUUAAAAGCAGGCCGGUCAUUGGCCAGGCGAAACAGCAGCAGCUUGUUCCUCGCCACCGUUUGAUGCGAUUCAUUCUGCAUAUUGCAAGUGUCUGGGAUGGGGCUGGAGAAGUGGCCCUUGAAAAAUGUAUUACGGCUCAGCUUUGCAUGCACUUUAGGGUGGCGUCGGUUGAGCAGCUCGGAUACGGCUCUGUAGAGGAGCUCUUGGCUGAUGCGACCUGCGAGCGUCAGAAGCAAAUGGUUGAUGCCAGUGUCUCAUACAUGGGCACCCUGCUUGUCAACCCUGAGAAGUUUGCAUUGACAGAAGUAGGAAGUGGUGAAGGUGCCGUUGACGGUGAGGGUGGGGGUAAAGCAAGAGGAAGAGAGGUGAUCAAGGAUGAGCUGAACGCUGUUGGUGUCCUGGGGUCAAUGGAUGACAUGGCGGCUGUGGCAUGCUUGCAGUCUGCACCAAUGUUGGUGGAUCUGGCUGACUGGUCCAGUUGGCAGGCAGUCUUUGCGCCAAGCUUGGGACCAUUGCUGGACUGGCUGGAGCAGGUGGAUGGAAGAGCCCACGAUCUUCAUACACUCGCCCUUCCCAAUGGCCAGAUUGUCCGUGUCAAUCCUUCAUCAACCACUGAUGACUUUCUCAAGAGUUGUGCAGUUGGGAAUGCUGAAGCAGCAGCAAUGCACCUUGUGUCUCUGGCUGUGUCUCAUGGAGGUGUCUCUCACACACCACGAGCACUACUUAAGUUGCAUGCGUCAUCAGCUAUCUCUAUACUUCUUUCGUCCUUUGCAGAAGAUGGCCUUCAGGAAGGCACACCUACUGACCAUUUCAAAGCUACCCAGGCUGUUGAACCAUACGUACACGACUCUUCUUACCCAGGCAACACCGAUGGCGUGAUGGCAGUGGCCGAAGCGAGGCAAGCUGAAGAGAGGACGGGAAUACGAGGGGAGAAUGAGAGAAUGAACACCGAGUCGGGUGACAAUACGAGCAAAGUCUCCAACAACUGGUCUACUCAACAGAGAAGAACUGCUGAGUUUGUUGUCCAAUGCAUCAUGGCUGCUCCUGCAGAGAUGCGUUCAUUUGUGGGAGAUGUUUUGCUGCCGAGCCUGCCAUCUUUUGUCUCUGGCUGCUAUGGGCUUCUCCUGCACGUCAGUGAGAAGAGUGAAGAGCAGACUGCAAUGCUGCAUGCACUUGGGUUGCAGAUGGGAAUCACAGAAUGGGUAGAUGACUAUCGGGAUCAGGUCUUGAGUAAACGCUUGGCACAGGUUGCUGGAAGUGGCAUAGGUAGUGACAUGCACGUGGAUGGUAACGAGUAUGGGACUCCGCUGGCAGCGGCACGCUCUGACCUUCUACCGCCAACCAGUGAUCUCAAGCCAGGGGUGGACGGUAAGCCCCUUGAUAAGAGUAGCGUGGAUGAAAAAACGAGUUCGCAGGGGGUAAAGAUGGAGGCGGAUCAAGAGGAGAUGAUUGGCCAGGAGUACGAGAAGGGAGCGAUUGAGAAAGCUCGGGGUCUUAUUGAAAUGAUAAGGGUGGAGGAGUUUGGGAUGGAUUGCGAGAUGGGAAAGACGGAGCUAGCAAAGAGGCAGAACGCACGAAUCGGCAGGGCCCUGAAGCGCCUCAGCAAUGACUUGUACAGCAAGGACAGCCACUUUGUUCUGGAACUCGUCCAAAAUGCAGAUGACAACCUUUACGACAAUGGAGUGUGCCCUUCUUUAUACUUCGUGUUGGCAUCAGACAGGAUAAUUGUUCUUAACAAUGAAAAGGGAUUUACAGAGAGAAACAUGCGUGCCUUGUGUGAUGUCGGCAACAGCACAAAGGCAAACAAAGGCACCGGAUUCAUUGGCGAGAAGGGCAUUGGCUUCAAGAGUGUCUUUCGUAUCACAGAUGCUCCAGAGAUUCAUUCAAAUGGUUUCCAUGUCAAGUUCGACAUUCAGGAGAACAAAUCACUGGGGUUCAUCUUGCCGAGCUGGUUGGAAAGCCCAGCUCUGCAUCUGAAGGACUUGGUGCCUUCAGACUUCGAUAGCAGUCGAGUGGAAAGCUGUCUUGACAGGUCAGGCAAGUGUUGGACAACACGUAUCGACCUACCACUGAAGGAAUCAAUAAAGUUGCUUGGAGUUGCAGGGCUCGGAUCAAGGUUCACCGAUAUUCAGCCGUCUUUACUGUUGUUCCUCCACAAACUGAGGAGGAUUGACAUUGUGGAUACGAUUUUGCAAAAGAGGACAUCGAUGAUACGAGAGGAUGGCGCGGACGGCAUGGUGCGUGUGACACAUGAUGGUGGGUCAGCGAUAUGGCUGGUCAGCCGGGAAUGUUUCCAUCCCGAGAUUCCUCGAGGGUCACUGAAAGUGGAGAAAACAGAGGUUGCUCUUGCGUUUCCACUGCUGGAGAAGGAUGAUGGCAGCCUUGAGGUUCUACGAGCAUGGCAGUAUGCUUUUGCAUACCUCCCGCUGCGCUCAUACGGCCUGAGGUUUGUCAUCCAGGGGGACUUUGUUGUCCCAUCUUCUAGAGAGGAUGUUGAUCGAGAUAGUGCUUGGAACCAAUGGCUUCGCUCUAAAGUGGUUGAUGUGUUGGUCAGAUCUGUGGAUGCGUUCAAAAGGGUACGCUGGGGUGGCGCUCCCAGUGAUGAGACUGAGACUUCAACAUGGAUAGCAACAGCUAUUAACAAAUUUCUGGCAUUUAUGCCACUCGAGGGCGAAGUAAUGGGAUUCUUCUCGUGCCUUCCACGUAUGAUCAUGUCUCGCCUGCGUACAAUGGCAUUCCUUCCUGUUGAGAGUGAGCAGUUGGUUUGGGCUUUGCCGUGCCAGGUGAUCGCUAGUUGGGAUGACUUGGCCAAACAAAUUCUUCCAAUGGAGCUUCUUAAGGACGAGCUUGGCCUUUCCCUUCUUCACAGAAAAGUCGUAAUGCCAGAGUCGUUGAGAGCAAGUUUGGGGAUACAGGUUUAUGGUGAGAAGAUCCUGCUCCAGGUCUUGAGACUUCUUUUGGACAAGGACUUGGUGAAACCAAGAGGCAUUCGUUGGCUUGCAAUAUGGAUGGCUGCGAUGUACCGAUUGCUAGGAGCUGGUUGGAGUGAUGGCAUGCAGAAAACGGCGAGGAAUUCAGUUGGAAAUUGUGGCGCUGAAACUGCACGGAUCAUUGCGGAGUUGCGUUUGCUGCCAUUCGUUCCUCUCACUGACAAAUCGUGGAUCGCAGUUUCAUCCAAUGAUGUCUGGUAUGUUCCCGGGGGCUCCAAGAGCACGCCACCUGCCUUAGCUCAAUAUCCACAUAUUACUAAGGAGCUGAGAGUCGUUGAGCCAUCGCUUUUGAGCUGUGUUGAACAGAUCACUGGGGAUGUAGAGGGCCGCUCAGAAACAACAGAGUUGCUCGAAACAGAACUCCGCGGAGUGAAAGCCAGUGAAGUGCUUGGACUUGUGGAACUGCUUGGUGUAAAGCCUCUUUCUGAGCAUGGAGUGGUGGAAUGCCAUAUCCUUCCAGCAAUGCAAAGUGAAUCAGUACACAGUAAACACCAUGAGGUGCUGUUGGAAUACAUGUCAUUUAUCAGGGAGCAUGUGGGCCGUGCGUGCCGCCAGUGUGAGAAUGGUGGACAAGAUAGAUUGAUGGAUCUCGUCCGUCGAUUUGGAGUUUUGGUAACAACUGGGGGACUGAAGACUCCAGCCAGGGAGCCAGUGCAUUUUCCAACAGCGAUGGGAAACCUGUUGCGGAUGGGUGAGAUACUUGAUGGACUAAGUUUCCCAUGGAACAAGGUGGAUGAAAGGUACCUGAGGGCAUUUGAGAAAUGGCAGAGCAACAAAGGGGGCGCCAAAGACAGACUCGUCCAAGAUUGUCGGGGGUUUCUUCAGCAGUUGGGGGUGACAGACUUUGUUUGUGUGCGUGAGGAGACUGUUCGGGUUGGAAGAGGACAUGAGAGCAAAUGGGGCAGUGAGAAGUGGUUUGGUUCAAUGAAAGAAGGACAAUUGUGGUCUGUACAUGACUAUGUGUCGGCUGAGCUGGAGCAGCUGCUCGGCGCACUCUGCUCAACAGGUGCGAAAAAUGGGUCAGAUGGUGCUCCUCUGGAAAGUGCCGACUUGCCAGAUGCAAAGCGAUUGAUGCAAUCAAAGGUGUUGGUGGAGACAAUGGAUCAACUCUGGACUGUACAGUAUGACAAAUUUUUGUCAGCGAGUUACUACCGAACCGGUGUGAAUGCGGAAGAUGACGAACAGGUUGGAGAGACUCUGUCAAGCUUUGCUAUGCUGUUGCGCGACAAGUGGUUGAUUCCUGGCAAUGAUGGAAGGCUUCAUCCCCCAUCCAGUCUGUUUGAAGAUCGGCCAGAGUUGAAGCAGCUUCUUGGAAAGCUUGUGACCUUUGCCACGCCUUGCAUAAAGGCGAGGUCAUUUGUGAAGGCCCUUGGAUUGAAGACGGACAUAUCAAUUGAGGAAAUGAUUGGUUUGUUUCGGAAGUUCUGUACCAACGGCAGGAGCGUUAGUGUCAGUUUGGCACAGAUGGCACGUAUUUACAGCUUCUUCAGGAAGUUUUUGACUACUCACAGAGACAGAAUUGAGGCUACAAUGACCGAUAUCCCAUCAGUCUUUGUGCCGUAUCCCUGUGGAGGCAACUUCCCGCCGCGCAAGGACAGUAGUCAGGAAGGGCGGUUUUGUUGUGUAUCUGAAGUAUGGUGGUGCGACCCCACGGGCGUGGCCUCCUUGCUUCUUUGUGAUGGUGACAAGUUUCCAAAGAGAGCCAGUGUGGAUGCGGAUAGAGAAGAGACAAUGGGUAGUGCUGUGCCAGAUGCACCUCCAGAUGAAGAAGAUAAUGCAAAUGUCAGCGGCAGAGAAGUAGGCAAAAUAUGUCCUCAUCCUAUUGAGCCUCUCUAUCCUGAUCUGAAAGAUUUCUUUGUUGGUUCGGGCUUGAUUAGAGAAAAUCUGUCUUUGCGUGGACAGUUUCGGCUGCUGGAAAGAUUUGUGGCAACUGCUGCUGCAAACACUGAUGUUGCUGUGGGGAAGGUGAUGUCCGUGUUCAAGGCUUGGGCAUCUUCACUAGCUCGGUCUGGUCUACGCGAGGACGGUCCCGAGCACAGCGCUUGGACAAUGUUGGGCAAGGCCUCUGUUUUCCCGACAGUGGAUGGAAAUUGGGUGACUGCUGCUGAGUGCUACGCUCCAGAUGAUGAGAAGCUGUGUUCAUAUUUCGAAGGACAUGAGACAUUGCAAAUUUUAUGUUUAUCGAGGAGUUCUGAGGUUGCAGCAGGACAGGCAAAGAAACACGUUGGCAAAGCGGAGCGGAGAAAGAAUGCCUCAGAUAGCACCAUCCCCAAAGCGUGGGACAGGCCAUUCAGCCUUCAGGAGCUUGCACCAUUCCUUCGGGCUGCUGGAGUCCGGUUCAUCUCGGAGGAAGCACAGCGAGAGAUAAUCACCGAAGGCCCGUUCGACAGCAUGGAAUUUCAGCAUCUGGUGGUUCAAAUUUUGUUCUUGUCAGUGAGGUUCAUACAUCAUCUGCAACCUGCAGAGUACAGGAAAUUUGUUUGUCAUCCAUCUUUUAUGCGCCGGAUAGAGCAUCUGGAAUGCCACGAGUGGGAAUCUCUCAAUGUGAAGUAUACACUAUCAGGGGUAGAGAGGGAGGUCUGUGGCAUCCCUUGUAUUGUCAUACAGGAUGGUGAAGCGAUGGUGGCGCACAAGCUCCACACAUCGGACCAUUCUGACGACGUGUUGGCCAUUUUCGAAGCACUGCGAGAUGUCUUCCCAAUGGCAGUUAAGAGCUCUCUUUCGCGUGUCGCAAACCUUUUGACCGGGAGUGGGGGGGCAUCAAGUGAGACUCUUGGUGACCUGGUGUUGAAAGGGGGGGGGUUCCCAGAGAUGUCUCAAAAGGAGGCAGGGAUGUGGUUUGGAAGGCUAGGGUGCCCUGCAGAGCUCAUCAGCAAGCCGCUGCAGCCUGUACAGAUUCCCCCUGACGUAGAGUCUCAGAAAGUCCCAGUAGAAGGUAGGUUGAGUGCUGAGGUGGAGACAAAACAAGUGCACCAGGAAAUGGAUGCUUCAUCUGGCGCAGGGGUAGCGGGCAGAGCGCCAGCACCCCAACCUGGUCUGACAGGGCAGCAGAGUGAUGGAGAUUCACUGAGAAAUCGCGGCAUCAAGAGAAGUGCACAAGACAAUCUUGAGCAUCUGGAUAAGAAGGCCACGUUGGGAACAGGCACUACUAUAGGGGCGGAAAUGGUGGAGCGCCAUACGGAACAGUGGUUCAGCAGACAAGAUGAUCGUGAAGGUCUUCGACAAGGAUCACCGCCGGAACCGGGUGAGGUUGUACCAUCAUCAGGAACAACCGUGCCCAACCCUGGGCCAGACUUGGCACUUGGCCCUCGUUUGGGGGGAACAGGCAUCAGCCAGUUCUCCACUGGGGUAGGAGAGCCUCAAAGGCAAGCGUGGCUACGGUUCAAUCGAAAUGUCGAGGACUUUGCAAUCCAUGAAGCAGAUGUCAAAAACACCAUUCGGGAAGAAUUCAGAGCGACAGCACGUGCCACGGCACAGACCCCUGACAUCGUCCAUGAUGCAAUACAGGCCGGAACCGAAGAAGAGGAAGCUAUUGAGCAGUUGGGAAGAAAAGGGGAAGAGUUUGCAUACAGGCAUUUGUUGAUGAAGUACCAAGCUGAUGACCAAGUGAAGGUAGUUUGGCUCAACCAGGCAGGUGAGACAGGGUCCUGCUUUGAUAUCAUGGUGAGCCGAGGCGAUCACGUGGAAGCGUAUAUUGAGGUGAAGACGACCAUAGGUUUGAGAAAACAAUGGUUUCCGAUCUCGUACAGGGAGUGGCAGUUUGCAAUAUCGAAGGGCGAGACAUUCCACAUUCUGCGAGUGUAUGGGAUCGGGAGCGCGGGAUCAUACCGCAUCAUGCGCUUAUCGAAUCCUGCAAAGUUGUGGAUGGAGGGAGUUAUCAAGAUCUGCUUGGCAAUGUGAGCCAUAGCAGUGCAGCAUGCUUGUUGUGCCGAGUGACAAUCUGUUCACAUUCUACAGCAUGUCUCUGCCUGCGAGCGACCAGAGUUCAUCAGGUGUCAGUUAAACCCUGUUUGUAUGUGGACUCUUGUGCACGUCUUACUUGCUCAAUGCUGCAUCUUGUAAUGCGAGCCUGUGCUGACCAGCGGGCAUCAGGCCCUGCACAUUGAACACCACCAUGCAAAAGACAGGCAGGGAAUAAGUUUCAGCAGAAGAGAUGGACCCCGUCAAUAGAGGAAGCUUCGGGAGGCACAAGUGAUGAGGUGAAGUGUCUUAAAAAGGCAAAUUACCACCACAUGGACACAUGGACAGGAUGAAGUGACUUGGGAGGAGAGAGGAGAAGGAGGUCAAACAAGGAGAGAGCAAGACAGAAAAAACGUUUUCCUUUCCUGUACCACAGCUGGUUGCAAAGAGAUGCGAGAUGCUGCGUGAGACAAAUGGAGGGAGGGGCGAACACAGAGAGAGGAGAUACAGCAGAGAGUGAGAGAGGAAGGGUAGCAAUCUAACGUAUAGGUGGAGGGGAGAUCAACGAUGAAAGAGAGCAGAGAGGGGGAAGAGGAGAGGGAGAGUUUAGACAAUUGCAGGGACAGUAAUCCUUGUGUCAGAUACAAGGAUGGGUGUCCUGUACUAGUCUACCGAUUCUCCGAACACUUGACACAAGUCGAUAGCCUGUUCUCGUGGGUUUCCAGGUUGUAUAUGUUGUUGGUUCUGCUUGGUUGUUAUUAUCUUCCAAUAGCAUCACUGAAGUGUCAAGUUGCGAACCCAAAUAGAGCGAAGGGCUUCACAAAAGGGCCUUGCAGAAUGGUUGUCAGUCUGUUCUUUACAGUUCAGACCUGCUCUUUGCAUGGCAUAGGCGGAUCUGCACGGGCGUCGAGCACUGUGUACAGAGGCUUCUUUUCUGCGCCCAGCAUCUGAGGUAAGCUCUCUGCACACCUGGCUUCCUGGUUUCCUUUCCAGUUGUGUACCUUACCGAUCUGUGGUAAGCUGUCCACGGUAAUUCUCCUAGACAGCUUACCAUGGUAAUUCUCCGUCGUGGAGAAUUACCGUGGUAAGCUGUCUAGGAGAAUUACCGUCGUGUGUUCCACGGUAGUUCUCCUAGACAGCUUACCACGGUAAUUCUCCGUCGUGUGUUCUUUUCCGGUAAGUGUACCUUGCUGUUCUAGUGUGGUGACUGUAGGAGCACAGGAGCGCAGAGUAGCCCUGUGUGUUGUUUCUUGUCUUUGUCUUUUGAGGAAGUGUACUUACCGGUCUACCCGUCAUGGCAGGAACACAGCAAUCCUGUUUGUUUUCCCUGCUACAACAAAAGUGGACGUUGGGU